AGCCUGCUGUCCCGUGACUUCUCCUGCAACACCAAGGUCGGCCCUCAGGUCAGUCACAGCUCUCUGUCUCUAUAAAUGACGCCAUGCACAUGUGUGUCAACCAUCACCACAGCUGAAGCAACAACAUGAAGCUCUGCAUCCUGCUGAUUUUUGGGACACUUUUUGUCCUCGUCAAAGGUAUGCCGCCGAUCAGCAGGGAUUACAACACGCACUGCCACUGCCUGCAGGUGGAGUCCAGGAUCAUCCCCCCGGACAGGAUGAGGAGCAUCAAGCUGGUCAGUGAAGGGCCCCACUGCCCGCACAAGGAAGUCAUAGCCGGACUGACCAACGGGAAGAAGAUUUGCCUGAACCCUCGUUCACCGUGGGUGAAGCAGCUCAUCCAUUUCAUUUUCAACAGCAACCAGCAGGGAGCAGCACUCCCCAAGAAACAGCCUUAAAAUGCAACAAAAUACCAGCUCCUUUCUGCAAAUAUGAGCCACGCUGUUUAAUUAUCUAACCUGACAGUGCAACUUUUAUAUUAUUACUCCUGCGUAUUAUGAAGCUUUGUGGUAUUAUGGAGUCAAACAGUUAAACUAAAUUAUGUCAUUAAUGCCAGAAAUGUUAACUUUCAUUUUUUAAAAUGUGUUGGAAAAGAACAUUAUGAAAAUUAAGAAAAACUAUGGUUUGUCUGAAACUGAAAGCCUUCAUUGAACAACCUCCUGUCAUAACAUUCUAAUAUGUAAAUACAUAAUAGUCUGUGUGAGAUGUGAUAUUUUUGGUGUAGUUUCACUGACAACAGCAAGUUUUUGUUUAAAAAAAGGGAUGUUACCUUCAUAAUCACUCAAAAAAAACAAGAAACCUACUUUUUUAAAUCUGGAAUUAAAUGUUUUUCAUUUUAAAGACAUGCAUGUUCACAGUCUCUAUUUCAGAACAGACAAAAACAUACUUCAGCUGAAAAUUAGGAUUUUAGAACAUUUCUACAUUUUAAACAUUUUGUAAGAUUGCCCCUUUAAGAGUCAUAUUGUGUGAAAUGAUUUUAUUUAUCUUUUAAAGUUAAUGGUGCAAUAAUAUUUUUAUUUAUGGAAAUUGUUUUGCAGAACAAAAUCCAAUAAAAACAACAUAUGUCAUUAGUCAAUAAAUAAAAUUAAAGAAUGAUCAUGUAAAAGCAAAUAAAACACUAACAAUAAAAAACACCAGGAAAAACAAAAUCCUUUGACAUCAGUGAGGUGUUAAUUCAUAUUUAAAUACCCUACAAUUUUAGUAUCGUUCAUUGAAAAACUCUGAACAACUAAAGCAAAUUGUAGGCCUGAAAUGACUCAAAAAGAAGGCAAUUCCUUCAAAAUCUGAUUUUAUUUAUAUAUAUUUUUUUAGGAGUUACUGGCUCAGUUUUUUUUUUUUUUUACCUACAACUGUUUUCCAGAGACCCGGUGACCCGUAUGAGUGUGAUGAAAUGUUGUAUAAAAUGACCCCUUUAACAUCCUCAUUCAUUUAUAUUAUUACUA